AUGGCAAAAGGGUCAAAACUCGCAGCCUCGAGCAAGGCCAUUGACCCCAACCUCGAUGCCCUCUUCGCAUCCAGUGCAGGACCUGUGAAGGCUCCCGAAAAGUCCAGGUAUUCUGAACUGCCUCCAACAAAGGUACAGCCCGCGCCUGGGGCUUCCGACGACGAUGAAGAGCUCCCCGAUGCCGAUGACGAAGAGUUGUCCGAGCUUGGUAGCGACGAGGAGAUUGACCUCGAAGAUAUCGCUGAAGAAGAAUCAUCGCCUGCAUCAAAAGAUGGCGAGGAGGAAGAGGAAGUGUCAGAACAAGUCGCGAAGCCAAAGAAGGAGCGCAAGCGCAAGAGGGUAGAGGACGAUAUCGAGGGCAAAUAUCUGAGCAAGCUUGCCGAGGCUGAGGAGAAGGAGAAGCCGGCCGAGAAGCGCACUAAGAAGGAGAGCAGAGAUGCGAAAGAGGGAGAGGAGGCUGCCUCAGAAACAUCAUCCGAGGGCGAGGGCGAGGGCGAGGAGGAAGAGGACUCUGAUGAAGAUGCUGUUCCCGUGCAUGAAUCCGUCUCGGUCGACAGCAAGGCCAAGACGAAGGACACGGAGCUCGAAAAGGCGAACCGCACAGUCUUCCUCUCCAACGUUGCCUCCGAAGCGAUCGACAACAAGGCCGCCAAGCGCACCCUUGAAGCCCAUCUCUCCAGCGUCCUCGACAAGGACGCCAAGCCCCCGCAAAAGAUCGAGUCCAUCCGCUUCCGCUCCAUCGCCUUCUCAGGCGGCGCCCUCCCCAAACGCGCGGCCUACAUCACAAAGUCGCUCAUGAACGAGACGACAAAGUCCGCCAACGCCUACGUCGUCUUCUCCACGCCCGCCGCCGCGCGCAAGGUCUGCGCCGAGCUCAACGGCACCAUUGUCCUCGACCGCCACCUGCGCGUCGACAGCGUCGCCCACCCAGCGCUGACGGACCACCGCCGCUGUGUCUUUGUCGGCAACCUUGGCUUCAUCGACGACGAGACCAUCCUCGCCACCAACGAGGAGGGCGAGACGGUACAGAAGAAGCGCACCAAGGUGCCCGCCGACAUUGAGGAGGGCCUCUGGAGGACGUUUGGCAAGCAUGCCGGCAAGGUCGAAAACGUGCGCGUUGUUCGCGAUCCCAAGACAAGAGUGGGCAAGGGCUUCGCCUACGUCCAAUUCUAUGAUGGCAACCACGUAGAAUCGGCCCUCCUCCUAGACGGCAAGAAAUACCCUCCCAUGCUCCCCCGCAUCAUGCGCGUUACCCGCGCCAAGGCCCCUCACAAGACCGCCCUCGCCAUGGAGCGCACUAUCAAGGCCAGAGCCGCCCAGGCAGGUGCCUCUGGCGCCCCCGGCAGCACAAAGUACAAGGCCAAGAUCACCCCGGAGCAGCAAUCCCUGGCCGGCCGCGCCGGCCGUCUUCUGGGCCGUUCCGGAGCCCGUCGCGAGCGCGGAGGGGGGGACAACAGGAAGCCGCGCCCGGCCAACGGCUCCGGCGCCAUCCCGAAGGAAGAGAUGAAGGCGCCCGAAGACUUCAUCUUCGAGGGUCGUCGUGCCAGUGCCAAGGACGGCAGGCCUAAGGAUCUCAAGUUUGGAAAGCGGAAUAAGGCCAAGGGCGGCGUCAAGAAGACGAAGCCCACGGGCCGUGGCGCCAAGAGGGCCGCGGAGUGGAAGAAGAAGCAAAAAUGA